AUGGUUGCGUUUGGGAAAAAGCUGAAGGAAAGACAAAUUCGAGAAUGGCAGGGGUAUUACAUCAAUUAUAAACUUAUGAAAAAGAAAGUAAAACACUAUGGUCAACAAAUUCAAGAUGGAACACUAGACCGGAGGCAUGUCCUAAAGGACUUUUCAAGAAUGCUGGAUAAUCAGAUUGAGACGAUCGUCCUUUUCCUGUUGGAACAACAAGGGCUACUUGCGAGCAGAAUAGCCAAGCUUGGAGAACGGCAUGACGCUCUUCAGGAGCAACCUGAUAUAUCCCAAAUAUCUGAACUACGAGAAGCUUAUAGACAAGUGGCCCGUGAUCUUCUGAAGCUUCUCAUUUUUGUUGACGUUAAUGCUACUGGUCUGCGUAAGAUACUGAAGAAGUUUGAUAAACGGUUUGGCUAUAGAUUCACUAACUACUACGUCAAGACUCGUGCUAAUCAUCCUUACUCACAGCUGCAGCAAGUGUUUAAGCAUGUGGGAAUAGGGGCUGUUGUGGGAGCUAUAUCUCGCAAUCUUCAUGAACUUCAGGACCGACAGGGAAGCUACUUAUCAAUAUACGAUCAGGCUGCUCUUCCCCUCCAGGAUCCUGUCAUUGAUUCAGUAAGAGCAGCUGUGGACAGGUUAACCCAUUCAACAAACUUCCUAAGCUUUUUGGGACAACAUGCACUGAUUGUGCAGGAAGAUGAGCUGCCUACUCCUGUUGAGGAAUCCAUUGAUGAUCAGAGAUACCAUUUUAUGUCACUUCUCUUAAACUUAGUGAACACGUUUCUUUAUAUGGUCAAUACAUAUAUUAUUGUCCCUACAGCAGAUGACUACUCAUUGAGCCUUGGAGCUGCAGCAACUGUGUGUGGUGUUGUGAUUGGAGCGAUGGCUGUUGCACAGGUGUUUUCUUCAGUGUAUUUUAGUGCAUGGUCAAAUAAGUCAUACUUCAAGCCUCUUGUAUUUAGCAGUGUUGUUCUCUUUGCGGGAAAUACGAUGUAUGCUAUGGCUUAUGAUCUUAAUUCAAUAUGGGUUCUUUUGAUUGGUCGUCUUUUCUGUGGAUUCGGUUCUGCUAGAGCUGUUAACAGGCGUUAUAUCAGUGAUUGUGUACCACUGAAAAUCCGUAUGCAGGCCUCAGCAGCUUUUGUUAGUGCUAGUGCCCUUGGAAUGGCAUGCGGUCCUGCUCUUGCUGGCUUACUUCAAACUAAUUUCAAGAUUUUCAAGCUUACAUUCAAUCAAGACACUUUGCCUGGCUGGGUUAUGGCUAUAGCUUGGCUUUUAUACUUAAUAUGGUUGUGCAUCUCAUUCAAAGAGCCUUCUCGUGAAGAUGAAGUGAUACAACAGGAAUCAAGUCGUGGAACAACAGAAAACGAUGCACUCGAGAAAGGUCUUAAACAACCAUUGCUCAUUAGUUCUGAUGACAAGAAAGAAGAUGAAGAUGGUGACCAAGAUAUAGAUGAAAGUGAAGAAGCACCGGAGGAGACCCGUCGACCAGCCACUUCGAUUCAAUCAGCAUAUCGACUACUCACACCCUCUGUGAAGGUUCAAUUGUUGAUAUAUUUCAUGCUCAAGUAUGCAAUGGAGAUUUUACUUUCAGAAUCUAGUGUUAUAACCACAUACUACUUUAGCUGGAAUACUAGCAAAGUCGCAAUUUUUCUCUUCUGUCUUGGGCUAACUGUUCUUCCUGUAAAUAUUCUUGUUGGGAGCUACAUCAGCAACAUGUUUGAAGACAGGCAAAUUUUAUUAGCAUCUGAAAUAGUGGUUUGCAUAGGCAUAGUUAUGAGCUUCCAUAUGUUUAAUCCAUACUCUGUGAUACAAUAUGUCAGCUCAGGGCUCAUCAUGUUUGUUUCAGCCGAAGUACUGGAAGGUGUCAACUUGUCACUUCUCUCUAGGGUCAUGUCAUCGAGGCUUUCCCGCGGAACUUACAAUGGUGGAUUACUUUCAACAGAAGCUGGGACGCUUGCUCGAGUAGUUGCAGAUGCCACCAUAACUCUGGCUGGAUACUUGGGGGAGAGUAAGCUACUGAAUGUCACCUUAUUUCCUUCCCUCUUCAUUUGCGUUAUUUCCAUUAUUGCCACCUGCUUUACAUACAACACUCUCUAUUGA